GCUCACCUCAGCCCAGCCCAGCUGAGUCCAGCCCAGCCCGGGGUGCUCCCAGCGCCGCCGGGGCUCAGCCACCCCCGCCCGGACCCAGCUGAGUAGCAUUUCUCUUGGAGGCACAGAAAACGGGUAAUAACCGAAGACGGCCUCACAGCAGGAAAGUGAGAUCAGAUUGGCAAUGCAGCAGUGAGUGGCAUGAUUGAAGACAAGAUAAAAAGCAGGCUACAGCAAAAGGUGUGAACUUCCUAUUUUCUCCCUGAAACUAAGUUACAGCUGAAGAGUUCAAGAUGAUUCCAAAUUACUCUACUGAAGAAACUGUUAAAAGAAUCCACGUGGACUGUCCUGUUUCAGGAAGGCACAGCUACAUCUACAUUAUGGUUCCAACCGUUUACAGCAUCAUCUUUAUCAUAGGCAUAUUCGGGAACAGCCUGGUGGUUAUUGUCAUUUACUGCUACAUGAAAUUAAAAACAGUAGCCAGCAUCUUUCUUCUCAACCUGGCACUGGCUGACUUGUGUUUUUUGAUAACUCUGCCCCUUUGGGCAGCCUACACGGCCAUGGAAUACCAGUGGCCUUUUGGCAACUGUUUGUGCAAGUUGGCCUCGGCGGGGAUCAGCUUCAACCUGUACGCCAGCGUGUUCCUGCUCACCUGCCUGAGCAUCGACCGCUACCUGGCCAUCGUGCACCCGGUGCAGUCGCGCAUCCGCCGCACCAUGUUCGUGGCCCGAGCGACCUGCAUCGCCAUCUGGCUGCUGGCCGGCGUGGCCAGCCUGCCCGUCAUCAUCCACCGCAACAUAUUCUUUGCUGAGAACUUGAACAUGACAGUCUGCGGCUUUCGCUAUGAGAGCAAUAACACGACGCUCCGGGUCGGGUUGGGUUUAUCCAAAAAUUUGCUGGGCUUUUUAGUUCCUUUCCUGAUCAUAUUAACAAGCUACACCUUAAUUUGGAAGACUCUGAAGAAGGCAUAUCAAAUUCAAAAAAAUAAGACUAGAAAUGAUGAUAUCUUCAAGAUGAUUGUAGCAAUUGUGUUCUUCUUUUUCUUUUCCUGGAUUCCUCAUCAAGUGUUCACUUUUCUGGAUGUGUUGAUUCAAUUACACGUAAUAACAGAUUGCAAAAUCACCGAUAUUGUGGAUACAGCUAUGCCCUUCACCAUUUGUAUCGCUUACUUUAACAACUGUCUGAAUCCUUUUUUUUAUGUUUUUUUUGGAAAAAACUUUAAAAAAUAUUUCCUUCAGCUAAUAAAAUACAUCCCACCAAACGUCAGCACACAUCCAAGCCUCACAACCAAAAUGAGCUCCCUCUCCUAUCGGCCACCAGAAAAUAUCCGCUUGCACACUAAAAAGACUGCCGGGCCUUUCGACACCAACUGAGGCAUUUCACAAAGUUCUUCUUUUGAACAACCUUGUGUGUGAAGCAGCAAGAACAACAAGAUUCGUCUGCGGUCCUGAACAUCACAGCUCAUCACAGCAACACUGGAUCACCUCAGAAAAAUCAUACUGUACAGAGCCAGCAGUGGCCUUUCAGCUUACUUUGUAAAGAGGACUGCUUCGUUUUCAUUUUGUUUUUCAUUACUGAAAGCAGACCAAGUGUUGGACAGGUGUGCCAGAGUUCCUGCCACAUCCCACCAUUUGCUUAGAACUAUGAAAGAAAGGGAGGGAAAACUCCUAACUCCACAGGUGUUUCAAAAGGAAAAGCUUGUAUAAAUAACAUGAAAUACAAAGAACCUGACUUGCAUAUAUGUGAGCUAUUCUGUUGAAGAAGUGAAACUUUGUUUCUUGUUUUGUUGGUGUUUUUUUAAUUACAUAAAUGUCCUAUAAUCAUAUUUAUAAUAUAUUUUCAAAUAUAUGCUAUAUAUAGAGGCCCAAUUUUAAACUCAAAUGGAAAUUUAAGGUCCUUGAAAUUGGUCUUAUUCUGAUUUAUGCUACUAUUUUUUUAAUGGCAAUUUUUUCAUAAUAAUAUAUGCAAUAAAAUGCAGAUUUAUUUAUUAAAUAUAGAAUAAAUAUAUUUUUAGAUUUAUAUUCCUACUCAUACAUUUCAAACAUUGCUUCAGAAAUGUACAUUUAUAUCCCAGUGGGUAUUUUUGUAGUAGUUUAAAAAUAACUAUGUAUGUGCACACAGAAAUGGGGUUCACUCAGCCUUUCCUCAUGAAAAGCCACCCUCACCUUGAAGAGCUUUAUAUACAGAGGGAGUUGACUCCAUACUCUGUAUGACUAAAAGUAAAAAAAAUUUAAUUCCUGCACAUUUAGUAAACUUAUAUAUUGAUAAGCAAAAAUGGAACAAUGCUUGUCUAUCAGUUUAACUAAAAAUACUUUUAGUCCCAUCACAAAACAUCCGAGAUCAAACUUUACCCUUGGCUUUUAUGGAAUUUCUCUCCAUUUAUAUAAAAUAAUGCCCAGGGUAUUCUCUCCCUGUAGAACAUAUUUUUAUUUAUAUGGAACAAAUUCAGAUUUAUACUAGCAUAAAUCAGAACUAAAGUCUGGCUCAAAUUCUCAAUACAAAUCACGAGGAAAAGUGACAAGCACUGUGGGAAGUUUCCACCAAUGAUAUCCUCAUAUGUGUCCUUUAUACCUCAAAUAAUGAGCUUCAGAUAUUAUUUAUGCUUGAUUCACACGCAUUUAUUGUCCUCAAAGAUAAAUGAGUUCAUAAGUACUUUUUGACACUACAAAACUUAAAAAAAAUCCAAAACUUCAUAUAUAUCAUGUAGAAAAUUACAUGCCCCUUGAGAAUUUACAGUAUUUAUAAUUUUCAAAAUCAUACGUCUAAUGUGGCUUUGUCUCAAGUAGUGAGUGGUUGGAUUAUCCAUAUUUUCUGAUGAUCAAAAUCAAAACACAAUAAAACAGUUAUUUCUGUAGUUUAAUACUCUUUAAGGAAAAAAUGGGACUACAACCAGGUCUAGAAAUCUUCCUCCUCUUUCAUUCACUUAUACUAAGGGAAUUUUUUCCAGUUUUGCCUUUGUUCUUCUAGCCACAAAAAUGGGAAUGUGUCUACUCAUACCUUGCAAGGCGCUGUGACAAGUCACAACUUCUAAAGCUCUAUGAUACAAAAACUCUCCUUCAUUAAAACUUUAAGUUAAUUUAAUUGCAAGGUAGUAUCUUGACUUUUGAAGCCUGAAUGUCAUUUAACUAUGUAACUUAAAGAAAUAUUUAAAUUGUUAUACUGAAUACUUUCUAAUUAGCUCAUAUCCUUACAUGUGAGACAGCCAUUUGCUUAAAUUGAAUAUGUCAAUAACCCCAUGCAUUAUCAACAGCACCCAGAAGAGGACCAGUGCCCCAGCACUCUCUAAGCUGACAAAGGACUGGCAGAGAUUGCCAGAUUUAUCUGUAUAUUUUGUUCAUGGACACACAUGCACGUGCUGAGCAGCAUCCAGAGCUUCCCCUGGCAGAAGCUUCUCUGUCCAGCCAUGAUUCUGCAUGCUGUGCUUGCCACCUGCUGGAUGCAGCCACAAAUUUGCUUUACAUCUCAAAAGUUGUUACAGUUAGAAACAGCAACACUUCCCUGCCACCUGAAGGAUCUCAAGAUCCUCACCUGUGGCAAAACUUCUGUACAAAUAAAACCAAACUUCCGAUGUGGGAGGCCAGUAACUUCCUUGACAGGGUCUAAGCAAGCAUUUUCUCAUCACCUGCUCACCCCUUUGGCCUCUGAAACCCAGUGUCCCCAGUGACCACAACAUUUGCAAAACAUUCAUUGCAUUACUACAAGAGCCAUCUCAAAGAGGAGACAUAAAAAUCAAAGCCAUUGGUUACUGAUCUUGAUCAUUUCAUGCCAGAUCCUGCAGUUUUAAGAGGCUCUGUAUCCUAAGCUACUGGUGCAUCUGCCUGUGCCAUGUGAAUAAGCAGGAGCGUGCACAUUCAGCUGUGUUACUGGAGGAAAGGUAGGAAGGCAUUACACCUGGUGUGCUCUGAGGGCAGCACAGACCUCGAAUAAACAGGCAAAGAAAGUAAAGGGGAAAGCUUUCCUAAAUAAAGCAGGGAAAUUUUCAUUCUCCUAAGGAGUAAGGAAACAUUCAUCAUCUGCCAAAUAUGCUAGCGCCUUAAAAGAAAAAAAAAAAAAAAAAAAAAAAAAAAAAAAAAAACAAACAAAAAAAAAAAAACAACGCAAAAGCAAAUCAGCAGAUACCAAAAAGAACCUAGAGAUAAAACUCUCCAGCAACUCUAACUGGGUAGCAGCAGGAAGUAAACCCCUUGGAGCACAGAGUUACUGUGAACAACCAGAUGCUGCAGUUUCACAACACCCCAAACUGACAGCUAAGGGAAGAGCCCACAGGAUGGACACCCACACCACUUCCAUCACGUAUCUGCAACUAAGGCAGGUGCUGAGAAACACGUUAUUGCUGAGCCUUACACUCCCCUGCCCACCUAUUGGCUGGACACAUGUGCAUGGGGCAGGCAGAGCAGAGGGGAGGCAGAGGGGACAGUCUGGUCUUUGCUGAGGAUCCUUGGCCAUGUGGUUGCUACUGAGAGGCAGGUAGGAAAUGGCCAGAAUAUUCUUUGGUGCAAGGACCUAGCGUGCCAGCAAAGGAGGGAGUAAGAUUUGGCUCUGUAUGACUUUGUCAUCUUUGGGGAACUUUGGAUUGAGCCCUCUUAAUAUCAAAAGAAAACUGGCUGUAGAUGUUUAAGAACAAGCUUCCAUUACCUUAAAAAACACAAAGUUAGAACUAUUCAUAUGCAAUAGUAUGCAGUUAUUUUUAAAAGGAGUAUCCACAGUGCUUUUCAUUCCUGUGAUGACCAAAGUAAAAUACUACAAACUCUUAGUCUGUCCUUGUAGUCUCCUGUUGUGAGGAACCCAAGUCAGUACUAAUGGGAAUAGCAUAUAACCCUAAACACAGGCAUUACACCUCCCAUUCAUUCCAAAUUCAUUAUUUGAAUGAACACCUUUUUUUCUGCUGAAUAACUACUAAAUUACAUAUUUGACAUGUACAUGCAUAAUAUCUAUUUCUAUUUAUUGUGCAAUAGUACUUUAUAUUACUCAUGGUUUUUGCUCUACUCCCUACUUGCUUGCCUGUUGUACGCCCAUCCUAAAGCAUACUGUAUAAUCUACACUGGUUAGCCCAAAUUCCAACAAAACCAUUACAGAUACUGUGGGAAUUAAUCUGGCUUCUUGGCCUAACAAUUCCCUCAUGUUUACAUUGUUAAUCAAGAGGUUGCAGAAUAACCACAAGACCAAAAGCCCUUUACCUUACCAGCAUUACUAUUUAGGUGAUAGUUUCCACUGUCUACUUGAAACUAUGACAGCAGCAGAGAAUACAGUAAGUUUUCUAGUUUUGCUUGAAUAGCUUCAGCAAAGGUUUCUUUCGAUAAACCUGACCUCCUUUUUAAGUAUACAAAAGUGCAGGUAUUCCCAGGGAAAUAUUUGCCAUUGAAAGGAGAAACAAAUCCUUGGGAGAGGGUGGUUGAAGGCCUAAAAGAGGGACUUACUGAAUUUGUAAGUAUUAAGUGUUAAAUGUAAAUAUUUAUUUUUGGUUUUGCAACAGAUUGAGGGGAAAAACACACACACACACACACAAAGAAUAAAUCUUUCAGCUUAGUGCAAAGUGAGAAUAAAUCUUUCAGCUGAGUGCAAAGUGAUUGUUCUAUCAAUCACUGAGUGCACCUCCACAGCGACCUCCCAGCCAAGGCUGAACUAACAAAUCCUCAAUGCUCCAGCCCAGCUGUCAAGCUCAGUGUCACCAGCGAGCUCUGCAGAUGUGGCAGGACACUCGAGGGAUAGGGAGAGAUCAGAUCAUGUCUGAGAAGAGCAUUGUGUGAUCUUUUUAGUGGACUAGUGCCACGGGUUUCAGCUUUGUAGUUGGCAAGUUAGGUAACAAAAACUAGGUAUUAUUUUCUUUUCAAUAUUUUUGUGCAGUUGUAAUUUGCAAUUUGUGGACAUCAAAUGUUUUCUAUUUCAAUGGCCAUAGUUUUAUAUUGUAGAAGUGUACCUCGAUUAUAUAACAACUUUUACUGUCUGAAGUAUUACUAAAAUCAUACAGGUCACCAAUAAAUGUCAUUGUGAAAGUCAUCUCCACUUCUGUGUUAAGCACACAAAGGAAAGAGAUCUGUUUCUGUGUUGCUGUAAGUACUAUACUCUUAUCUGUAUAACUACAGCUAUAUAUAUAUAUGUGUGUAUACAUAUACCUUAGGCAAUAUCAUCCUUAAAGUAUUUCUGUGUAAUGCUGUAACAUUUUAUACCACUAUUCCUCAUUACUUUUAACCCCUAUCCUAGCCCAGCUCUCCCUUAAAUCUUUGAGAUGAACAGGUUGUAUCUGCAAUUCUUCUUGAAGAGGAUACCCAGAUAGCUCCAAAAUCACUUGUAGAACAGCAGUUCAGUAAUUCAUUUCUGUAUCCCAGAACAGACUAAGGUAAUGAAAUUUAUUUGGAGUGGAGACGUAGCAAAUUGCUAAUUUUCCUACAUACACGUUGGAGUUUGAAGCUAAAUUUAGGCUUAACCUUUUAGAAACUAAAUUUAAUUUUAGAAACAGAUUUAUUUAGAAUACUGUGUUAAAUACAGGAUCACAUUGCAUUAUGAGUAAUGGCCUUGAACAGCCUGACUCAGGCUGCCUGUAGCUGAGUAUUCAAUGUAAAUAUAUCCAUUUAGAAUAUAAGCAGUGCCACAUUGUACUGUGGCUGCAGUGGAAACAGCAUCAGGUUCCAGAAGGGAACCUGAUGAAAAUAAGAUAAUAUGAUAAUAAGAAGGGAUUGGGGAUGGGAGGUGGGGUUGACAGUGAAAAGAAGGGUAGAUUGGAUUUUGCCAUUUCUAAUUUGUAUGAAAAUAAAACAGAAUUUAGUCUUGCACAUCCCUAGUAAACUCCACUUCAUACCAUGUCUUACAGUGUCACAUACUGCAAAAAAAAAAAAAAAAAAGUGAAAAACAGUUAAAGGUUGGGCCUAUUAAAUUUUUAUAGCUUAUCUGCUGCAUAACUUAUUUUCCAUGUAUAUUAAUUAUUCCUCAGCUUUGUGUGUUGGCAGCUUUAUGUCCUGGUAGUGUUGUUAGGCUACAAUUAAGCAAAGGCUCUGGGGCAGGAGGGCAGACAGAGCCAUACCUUGGAGCUUUAUCAUGAGGUGAUCAGAGGUGAAGAAUUGUUAGAAUAGAAUGGAAAGCAAAGACAGUUGCUGAACAAAUACAAACUGUAAAGAUAAUGCCAUUAAAUAACAUUUUAAAUGGUUUUCUGUUUUGAACCAAAGUUAGCUAAAUAACUAAAAAUAAUAAAGCAAAAAGAAGAGAAAAUACUGAAAGAUAAUUUCAAUUCCACUUAGAAUUACAGAGAAUUUCAAGCAUCUCCAACUCAUAUUCUCAAGCAAAUGCAAACCUGGCCAUUUCUAUGAAAUUGAAUGAAUAAACAGAAAAGCUGAAGUUAACAGAUGUGUGUAAGAUACUAGCAGCUGCUUUGCUACUAUUGACUUUUCUUUCAGAAAAAAAAAAAAAAAAAAGUUGAAUUUUGCACUUGAAAUCCAUCAGAUAAUUAUAUGCCCAGGAAAGGGACACAACAUACUGCCUAUGGGCUUAGAUGAGCUUUGCACACCUAGCCUGAAUCCUCCUCCUGCUUAGCUAAGCCUGAAUCUUCCUCAUACUUAGUUUAUCACAUAGUACACAACUAGACAAAAAAAAAAAAAAAAAAAAAAAAAAACAGCUAAACCAGAAAACAAAACAGAAAUAAAUUAAUUUUGUGAAAAUAUGUAUUCCAGUAGUGCUAUUUAUUUUUUAAAUCACCUAUGAAACACUAAAGGAUCUAAAAUAACUUUGUUUUAAUAAGUUUAUAGUAAUUUAAGUAAUUUUCAAGCUUCUAUAAGGAUUAUAUUUUGCACUGUAAAAAGAUCUCCCGCAUGAGAACCAAGAUUCCAGACCCAAAGCCCUCUUUCUGUACAGCAGCACCUAUAAAGUGAGGCCACGUGUAUGAUUUGCAGGAUGCCUUUCAAAGGCAGGACAUAAAUAAGUGCCCCUGAGAUGUAAUGUCAUCUGCCAGAGCAUUGUUGGUGUUGAACCUGAUUUUUGUGAUGGGAUUAUUCUAGAUACAAAUGAAAAGAAGCAGUAGAAAGGCAGAUUCUGUAUACUAGACUGUACUAUACAGUGCCAUUUUUACAUGUUAAAUUCUGAAGAAUUGUGUUUCUGGUAUUUUUUAUUUUCUUUGCUUAUCUAUGAUGGCUCUCUAUACUGUGAUCUGUCAUUUUUACAUGAGAGUACACAGCAGAUAUGCAUUGUUCUGUUUAAAAAGAAAAUAACACAUUUUCAGUAGCUUUCUGUCUAACACAACUGCAAAACCAGUAACCUUUUUCACAGAGCCGUCUACAUCAGAGUGGUUGUAUUUUGAAAUACUGAAAAUAUUAAAACAAUAUGAAAUAACUUUAAA